UGCAAUAGAAAUAAAAAAAUUUCGAUAUCGCUAUCGACAUUUUGGCAACUUUACAGCAACGUUUCACUGUGAAGAUCAGCUGAUUGUAUGCAAUUGUUUAUAAACGCAAAUUAAUUGUUGGAAGAAACUUAAUAAAACAUGGACAUCAAGAAAAUAUCUUUCGGAUUUAGUAAAACCGCAAAGAAAUGCAAUUUGCUGUCAACAAGCAAAGGAAAAGAAAAAGAAGAACCCAAAGUGGAACUCAUAAAAUGUUUGGAGGGCCAUGAAAUAAAACUAUUCGAAGAGAAGAAGGAGGAGCCUCCUAUGGUGAUUCCAUUGAAGGAGGACACUAAAACUUCAGCGGCACUUGCAAGUUUGAUAAAAAGACGAGCUGUUUUGCUGGGCGAAUCAGAUGAACCGCCUCCUAAUGAACCGAUAAGCAAAGUGAUCACAGAAACUAAUUGCACAAGUGGAAAGGUGAUCAACGAGAGUUUAGAGGAAAGAGCUGCUCGUGAGUUACUUGCUUCAGUACAAGGUAACGACGACGGACCCGUUGAUAAAAAUCUUGUACUACCUACUUUAAAAGCAGACGAGUUGCCACUUGAAGGCGCCAAACAAUCGUCUAUAGAUGAUUAUGAAAAUGUGCCCAUAGAAAAAUUUGGAAAAGCUAUGUUACGCGGCAUGGGCUGGGUUGAGCCCAUUCAAAAAAAGGGUGUUCCACCAGAAGAUGAAAUGCCAUUUGUGCGUCCAAAGGGAAUGGGGUUAGGUGCUGAUAAAGCACUCAAAAAACAGCCCUUAUUAGUUGCACCAGAGAAAAAUGAAGUGCUAGAAAUCAAAAAACAAGCAUUCGUGCGUAUAUUGGGUGGAAAACAUAAAGAUAUGUACGGGCAAAUAGAAGGAUUCGAUGAUCAUGCGGCACGUGUGAUUGUCAAAAUGGCUAUAGGCGGCAAUAAAGAAGCGUUUAACGAGUUUUUAUGUCAACCAGUAGCGAAGAAGGAAUACGCUCAGUACGGAAAAUGCAUAAAUACAGCAAAAUAUGAAGAGUAUAAAAAGAUGGAGAAUGAACAUGGACAAAUUAUUAUUAAGCAAGAAGAUACUGAAAAGAAACCAAGACCAGUAAAAGAAGUUCGAAAAGUGGAGGAUGAAUACCAAAGGGGUGAUGAUGACAAACGCAAGGCAGAUAAUAAAGCCAGAGAUAGACGUGAUGAAAGGCGAAAAACUGAGGAAAAGCAACGACCUGAGCAUCGAAGUAAAUCCCGUCACCAUGGAACCGAAGAUCAUUCCUAUAAUGGCAACCGAGAUGAUGACGACCGACGGUGUGACGAUUAUAGGAGCAGCAACUCGCGACGUUAUGCACUUGAGCAGCACGACGUCUCCAGUCGGCGAAACCGUUAUGACGAACGACGCAAUGAGCGCGAUCAAUCCAAACGUAGAUCCAGGCAACGCAACAAUCGAACAGAGAUAGAAAGUGCACCGUCAGCCAGUGGCAGCAGCAGCAGACGUCAACAGUAUACCGAUGACACAAGUGCCUCUUCAGGCACAGAUAGCGAUUCUGACUCGGCGUAUGAGCGCAAGGCCAAAAAGAAGUCGAGUCACAAAUCAAAGGCUAAAAAGAAAAGCAGUAAAAAGUCGAAACGCAAGCACAGACACAGAACGAGCGACACUGAGACCUCAUCAGGCAGUGAUACUGAGAGAGAGGAAGACUCAUAUCGACGGGAAAAGAAACAACAUAAAAAGAAGACAAAGAAAAGCAAGAAGCCACGUUCAAGGUCCCGUUCACAUGAUCGCAGCAGCAGAAGAUGACUUAUGAAAUGUUGAUUGAAUUCAAUAUGUAAUUUGAUUUGUGAUUAAGCUGAACUCUUUCGAAUUUCACAUCAAAAUGAAACUUGUUUAUUCGCAAAUAUUUGUAAUAUGUAUCGAUCAUUGUAAUUCUACAAAUGUAAACACGUAAAUACUAAUGUUUUAAAUAUUAUAUAUUUAAUAUUUUUAGAUAAUCGUGUUCAUAUUUAAAUAUGUAUUUCGCCAGUACGAAAAUGCUUAUCUUUACUUUAGGGUUCAAAUACUUAAUUUCUUUCAUAAUUAAUAAAUCACAAUUAAAACGAGA